AUGCCACCGAAGAAAGAGUUCCUAUGCAUUAUGCCCGAUAAGUCUAAUGUCCUGGAGCUCAGAAAGAAGCUAGCUGGAUAUAUCACCAUCCGCUACGGCGCCAUCCUCGAAUCCCACGCUGCAGCACACAAUGAUGUCCAAAUCAAAGGUAGUAUGGUCGUGUAUACCGGCGAGAGCGCAGAAGAGGUCCUUUCCCUUAUUCAGAAAGAUGUUUAUGCUACCAGUGGGGUUUGGGACUUGGAGAAGGUGCAGAUUUGGCCGAGGUCAUUGGAGGGGAUUGGUGUUGAUGUUGGGUGCUAUUUAGUAUGUUCCUGCUGUGAGGCAGCCGGUUAG